AUGCUGUCCUGCCAGAAGGCGAGUGCCGUGCGGGCUCCGAUCCAGGGACGGGCGGGCAAGACAUGCCGCGUGGUCUGCAAGGCGCAAGACUCUGAGGUCGCGGACAGCAGCAGGAGGCAGGUGCUGCUGAAGAGCGUGAACGUGGGCGUUAUCGCGUCGCUGUUCACGUGGGGCGCUGUGGAGCGGCCGUCCAACCUCGGCGUGAUCGACUACGGCGGCGGUGCGCGCUCCCUGGGCCUGUGCCCCCCGACCCCCAACUGCAUCUCCACAGCAGAGGAGCUCAAUGACAUCGGCCACUACGCCCCUCCCCUGACCUACAACCCCCAGGACGGCCGCGGCAGCAAGAAGCCUGCCACCCAGGAACAGGCCAUGGCUGAGCUGGUGCAGGUGGUCAAAGAUCUGACCCCCGACAAGUUCACGCCCAAGAUCAUCAAGCAGACCGAGGACUACCUCUACGCGGAGUACCAGAGCCCCACCUUUGGGUUUUUCUUCAUUCCGGGCGCGUUCUCCCGCGUGGAGUACCGCAGGUGA